CCCCGGUGGACGAAGCUAAAACUGCACGAGAUAACCAGCUACAAAUCGGUUCCUCGACAAAUGCCAACAGCUGCAAUGAUCUACUACCUACUCCUACGCCAAUUGGUGGCCCAGCUCGGCAUCGCACUUAGAUUCCGAGAUUUUAUGCACAGCCAAUGGCAAGAAGACGAAGAACAAGAAGAAGCAAAACCAAAACCAAAACCCGAUCUUGCGACAGCUCACGAUAGUUCACGACGGCUCACGACGGCUCACGACGAUGCCUCACGGACGUGGAUGCGCGAUCGAGGUUGAUCCUACGCUGGCGGAGAAUCCACUUGAUAAGGAUUAUGAGUCUUCCGGCUAUGCGACCUCGACGAAGAGCUUAGCCGCGGCGGCGGCGGAGUAUAUUUACGAGAACGGAAGGCGAUACCACGCAUACUACGGUGUCGAGAAGAACCUGAUGCCUACGGACGAGAUGGAACAAGAACGAUUGGAUAUCAACCAUGAGAUAUUUAUGCGCCUCCUCGAGGGCGGGCUACAUAAGGCGCCACUGAGGAACCCAAAGCAGAUUUUGGAUGUGGGCACUGGAACCGGCAUAUGGGCUAUCGAUAUGGCGGAUCAGCAUCCGAAUGCGAAGGUUACGGGGAUUGAUCUGAGUCCGAUUCAGCCGAAGUGGGUUCCAGCCAACUGUAAAUUUCUGGUGGACGACGCGGAGUUGGAGUGGACGAUAAAUUCGGAUACCCUCGACUUCGUCCACUUCCGCAAUCUUGCGCUCGGAAUCUCAAACUGGUCGCACGUACUUUCCGAAACAUACAGAUGUCUCCAACCGGGCGGAUACGUCGAGCUUGCCGAUACUGGCCUGGCAGUAUACUGUGACGAUGGCUCCAUGUGGCCCGACAAUCCAGUCAAUUUAUUCUGCGAACUGCUAUUGGAGGCGAUGGCACGCAGCGGACGGGAGUCGGUCAGCGGCGAUUUGCUGAGCGCACGGCUGACGAAGGCUGGUUUCGUGGAUAUCAAAGUGUAUCCCAUGAAGCAGCCAUUUGGUCCCUGGGCGAAAGAGCGCCGACUGAAGGAGGUCGGAAUGCUGACGCUCCUGCAAUCCGAAGCGGCGUUCUUGUCGUAUGGGAUGGCGGCACUCACGAGGGUUUUGGGCAUGGACCAUGAGGUUGCCCGGAAGAUUUGUCACGAUGGGUAUCAGGCUACGAUGAAUAAGAAUACCCAUAUGUAUGGUUUGCAUUACAUCGUCUAUGGCCGAAAACCAGUGCGCAGUAACCUUGAAGUGCGAAAAAUAUGAGGAUGGGGUUUAGUUAUGUACUUCUGGUGCCUGGUUUUGAUGAAUGGUCCUCUACAAUGUAAAUACGGCUUUGAAUCACGUUUGUGUCUCUCGAGUCUCAUCAAUUUGCUUAGUUCCGGCACCUAUCUACAUACGUUGAGAGUCACCUCAGCAUCGGCUUGCGGACUACAUACAGACGGAUUAUCAAAAUGACUUGUCAGUUUAUGGUUGCACUUGCACUUGCAUCGCAUAUGCGAUGCAUGCGAAAACGAGCAAAUCGAACG